AUCUUACGUGGUGUUUCAUUUAGCCCACGUUGAGAUUAAUUCAUUGGGGGCAGCUUCGCUGGUCUGCCUCCUCCGGGAGCUGGGCAAUCUUGACGGGCUUUUUGUCUGCUGCUCCAGCCCCUUUUCCCUUCCUCCUCCUCCAGAUGCCUUUUCUCUGCCCCUCCUCGCCCGGUACAGACAUUUCCAGCUCAGACUGCCGCUCGUGGCUGCUGUCGAAGCCACUUCUCGGGAUUUCGGCUCGUUUCCCUCUGGGGUGUUUUUUGGGGAGGCAGAGUUUUCCCCCCCUUCACGAUGGGAUUUUCUUCCCGUGUCAAAAUGGACUUGCAUUGAUUUCUGCUUACUUUUUCAACGUUUAGUGACCAAUUCCCUAGGCGUAUUUUUGUGGUAGUUCCUUUUUUCAAAUACAUUAUCUGUAAAAUGGAGAACGAGAUUUUUACUCCCCUUCUGGAGCAGUUCAUGACCAGCCCCUUGGUCACUUGGGUUAAAACGUUUGGAUCCUUGGCUGCAGGAAAUGGGACCAACCUGGAUGAAUAUGUGGCUUUGGUGGAUGGGGUAUUCUUGAACCAGGUCAUGCUCCAAAUUAAUCCUAAAUCGGAGAGUCAGCGAGUAAAUAAAAAAGUCAACAAUGAUGCAUCACUUAGAAUUCAUAAUCUAUCCAUUUUGGUGAGACAGAUAAAAUUUUAUUACCAGGAGACUUUGCAGCAAUUGAUCAUGAUGUCAUUGCCAAAUGUCUUAAUCAUUGGCAAAAAUCCAUUUUCUGAACAAGGCACAGAAGAAGUUAAAAAGUUGCUUUUACUUUUACUGGGUUGUGCAGUUCAGUGUCAGAAAAAAGAAGAAUUUAUUGAAAGAAUUCAAGGUUUAGAUUUUGAUACAAAAGCAGCAGUUGCCGCACACAUUCAAGAGGUGACCCAUAAUCAGGAAAAUGUGUUUGAUCUUCAGUGGAUGGAAAUGACUGAUAUGUCUCAGGAGGAAAUAGAACCACUCUUGAAAAAUAUGGCAUUGCAUCUAAAAAGACUUAUAGAUGAGAGAGAUGAACAUUCAGAGGCUAUAAUAGAACUCUCUGAAGAACGGGAUGGUCUUCAUUUUCUGCCCCAUGCCUCUUCCUCUGCACAGUCACCCUGUGGUUCUCCAGGCAUGAAGCGAACAGAAAGUCGACAACAUCUGUCAGUGGAACUGGCUGAUGCUAAGGCCAAGAUAAGGAGGCUUAGGCAGGAAUUGGAGGAAAAGACUGAGCAAUUGUUGGACUGUAAACAAGAACUUGAGCAAAUGGAAAUAGAACUAAAAAGGUUGCAACAAGAGAACAUGAAUUUGCUUUCGGAUGCUCGUUCUGCAAGAAUGUACCGAGAUGAAUUAGACGCACUUCGAGAGAAGGCAGUCAGAGUUGAUAAACUUGAAAGUGAAGUCAGCAGAUAUAAAGAGAGGCUACAUGAUAUUGAAUUUUAUAAGGCAAGAGUUGAGGAAUUAAAAGAAGACAAUCAAGUUUUAUUAGAAACAAAAACUAUGUUGGAAGACCAAUUAGAAGGAACUCGAGCUCGUUCUGAUAAAUUACAUGAAUUAGAAAAAGAGAAUUUACAACUAAAGGCUAAACUGCAUGAUAUGGAAAUGGAACGUGAUAUGGAUAGAAAAAAGAUUGAAGAACUAAUGGAAGAAAAUAUGACUUUGGAAAUGGCACAGAAACAAAGUAUGGAUGAAUCAUUACAUCUUGGCUGGGAGCUGGAACAAAUAUCUAGAACUAGUGAACUUUCUGAAGCACCACAGAAAUCCUUGGGCCAUGAGGUGAAUGAGUUGACAUCAAGUAGAUUAUUGAAGUUGGAGAUGGAAAACCAGAGUUUGACAAAAACUGUAGAAGAGCUUCGGAGUACUAUGGAUUCUGCAGAAGGCAACACUUCCAAAAUCUUGAAAAUUGAAAAAGAAAAUCAAAGACUGAGUAAAAAGGUUGAAAUUCUUGAAAAUGAGAUUAUUCAAGAAAAGCAAAGUCUUCAGAAUUGUCAGAAUUUAAGCAAGGAUCUAAUGAAGGAGAAAGCUCAGCUUGAAAAAACAAUUGAAACACUUAGAGAAAAUUCAGAGAGACAGAUUAAAAUAUUGGAACAAGAAAAUGAACAUCUGAAUCAAACUGUGUCUUCCUUAAGGCAGCGCUCCCAGAUAAGUGCUGAAGCAAGGGUGAAAGACAUUGAAAAAGAAAAUAAAAUUCUCCAUGAAUCUAUCAAAGAAACAAGUAGCAAGCUAAGCAAGACUGAAUUUGAAAAAAGACAAAUUAGAAAAGAAUUGGAACAUUAUAAAGAGAAAGGAGAACGAGCAGAGGAACUUGAAAACGAAUUGCACCAUCUUGAAAAAGAAAAUGAAUUGUUACAGAAAAAGAUAACCAAUUUAAAAAUUACUUGUGAAAAAAUUGAGGCCUUAGAACAAGAAAAUUCAGAGCUAGAAAGAGAAAAUAGGAAAUUAAAAAAAACAUUGGAUAGCUUUAAAAAUCUUACUUUUCAGUUAGAAUCCCUAGAAAAAGAGAACUCCCAACUCGAUGAGGAAAACUUAGAACUGCGAAGGAAUGUGGAAUCUUUGAAGUGUGCAAGCAUGAAAAUGGCUCAGCUACAACUAGAAAAUAAAGAACUGGAAAGUGAAAAAGAGCAACUUAAGAAGGGUUUAGAGCUCAUGAAAGCAUCUUUCAAGAAAACAGAACGCUUAGAAGUUAGCUACCAGGGUUUAGAUACAGAAAAUCAAAGGCUACAAAAAGCUCUAGAAAACAGCAAUAAAAAAAUUCAACAAUUAGAGAGUGAACUACAAGACUUAGAGAUGGAAAAUCAAACAUUGCAAAAAAACCUAGAAGAGUUAAAAAUAUCUAGCAAAAGACUAGAACAGCUAGAAAAAGAAAAUAAAUCAUUAGAGCAAGAGACUUCUCAACUAGAAAAGGAUAAAAAACAACUGGAGAAGGAAAAUAAGAGACUCCGACAACAAGCAGAGAUAAAAGAUACCACGUUAGAAGAAAAUAAUGUGAAAAUUGGAAAUUUGGAAAAAGAAAACAAAACCCUAUUCAAAGAGAUUGGUAUUUAUAAAGAAUCCUGCAUUCGUCUGAAAGAAUUAGAGAAAGAAAAUAAGGAGCUUGUGAAAAGAGCAACUAUUGAUAUAAAAACUUUGGUUACACUACGUGAGGAUUUGGUCAGUGAAAAAUUGAAGACCCAACAAAUGAAUAAUGAUCUUGAAAAAUUAACUCAUGAGCUUGAGAAGAUAGGGUUAAAUAAAGAGCGACUCUUACGUGAUGAGCAAAGUACUGAUGACAGUAGGUAUAAACUUUUGGAAUCAAAAUUAGAGUCCACUCUAAAGAAGUCCCUUGAAAUAAAAGAAGAAAAAAUUGCUGCUUUAGAAGCUCGAUUAGAAGAAUCUACAAAUUUUAACCAGCAGUUGCGCCAAGAACUUAAAACAGUGAAAAAGAAUUAUGAAGCUCUCAAACAGAGACAAGAUGAGGAAAGGAUGGUACAGAGCUCUCCUCCGACUUCUGGUGAAGAUAGCAAAUGGGAGCGAGAAAGUCAAGAAACGACUAGAGAGCUUCUGAAAGUUAAAGAUAGAUUAAUUGAAGUAGAAAGAAAUAAUGCUACACUGCAAGCAGAGAAGCAAGCACUGAAAACUCAACUGAAGCAACUUGAGACACAGAACAAUAAUUUGCAGGCUCAGAUUCUUGCACUUCAGAGGCAGACAGUGUCAUUGCAGGAGCAGAAUACUACUCUUCAGACACAGAAUGCCAAACUUCAGGUUGAAAAUUCCACCCUUAAUUCCCAGAGUACCUCACUUAUGAACCAGAAUGCACAACUCCUAAUCCAGCAGUCUUCCUUAGAAAAUGAAAAUGAAUCAGUAAUCAAAGAGCGAGAAGACCUGAAAUCUCUCUAUGAUUCUCUGAUCAAAGAUCAUGAAAAGCUGGAACUUCUUCAUGAACGGCAGGCUUCAGAGUAUGAGUCUCUCAUUGCUAAACAUGGAACACUAAAGUGUGCCCACAAAAAUCUUGAGAUGGAACAUAAAGACCUUGAAGACCGUUACAAUCAGUUACUAAAACAGAAAGGACAGUUGGAAGAAUUGGAAAAAACACUGAAAGUGGAACAAGAGAAAAUGCUGCUUGAAAACAAAAACCAUGAGACUGUAGCUGCAGAAUACAAGAAACUUUGUGGUGAAAAUGAUAGAUUGAAUCACACAUAUAAUCAGCUUUUAAAAGAGGCUGAAGUUUUACAAACUGACCAUAAAAACUUAAAAAGUCUUCUAAAUAAUUCCAAACUGGAACAAACAAGAUUAGAAGCUGAAUUUUCAAAGCUAAAGGAACAGUACCAACAGUUGGACAUCACAUCCACCAAGCUAAAUAACCAGUGUGAGUUGCUAAGCCAACUUAAAGGAAAUUUGGAAGAAGAAAAUCGUCAUCUACUAGAUCAAAUUCAGACAUUAAUGCUACAGAACAGAACACUAUUGGAGCAGAAUAUGGAAAGCAAGGAUCUUUUUCAUGUUGAACAAAGACAAUACAUUGAUAAGUUAAAUGAAUUAAGACGACAAAAGGAGAAAUUAGAAGAGAAAAUUAUGGAUCAAUAUAAAUUUUAUGAUCCAUCUCCUCCUAGAAGGAGGGGCAACUGGAUUACUCUAAAAAUGAGAAAAUUGAUAAAGUCUAAGAAAGAUAUUAAUCGAGAACGUCAGAAAUCUCUAACAUUAACACCUACCCGCUCAGACUCCAGUGAAGGAUUUCUUCAACUCCCCCAUCAAGAUAGUCAAGAUAGUUCUUCAGUAGGUUCAAACUCUUUAGAAGAUGGCCAAACUCUGGGGACCAAGAAAAGCAGCAUGGUUGCACUGAAAAGACUGCCCUUUUUGAGGAACAGACCGAAGGAUAAAGACAAAAUGAAGGCCUGCUACCGUCGUUCCAUGUCCAUGAAUGACCUGGUGCAGUCCAUGGUCCUAGCAGGAGGACAGUGGACAGGUAGUACUGAGAAUUUGGAGGUUCCUGAUGAUAUUUCAACGGGUAAAAGGAGAAAAGAAUUGGGAGCUAUGGCCUUCUCUACUACAGCCAUCAACUUUUCAACUGUCAACUCUUCUACAGGCUUCAGAUCCAAGCAGUUGGUUAAUAAUAAAGAUACUACAUCCUUUGAAGAUAUAAGUCCACAAGGUAUUAGUGAUGAUUCUAGUACGGGAUCAAGAGUUCAUGGAAUACAGGACAUUAACUGUGCAGAUGCUCAUAUUUCUCCUGUUCGUGGCAUAUCUGCAAUGUGCAGGGUUCCUUGUCUGAUCUCUUCUUCGAGACCAGCCAGCCUUGAUAGUGGCAGAACAUCCACUAGCAAUAGCAAUAAUAAUGCUUCAAUCCAUGAAGUAAAAGCAGGUGCAGUUAAUAUCCAAAGCAGGCCACAAAGCCACAGCAGUGGAGAAUUUAGCCUGCUUUAUGAUCAUGAGGCUUGGUCCAGCAGUGGUAGCAGCCCAAUCCAGUACCUGAAAAGACAGACCAGAUCAAGUCCAGUGCUCCAGCACAAAAUGCCUGAAAUACUAGAGAGUCGAGCACAUCACAAGAUCAAAAUUGGUUCCCCUGGAAGUGAAGUUGUUACUCUACAACAAUUUUUGGAAGAAAGCAACAAGCUUACCUCAAUACAGAUGAAGUCCUCCAGUCAAGAGAAUCUUUUAGAUGAAGUAAUGAAAAGUUUGUCUGUCUCUUCUGACUUUUUGGGAAAAAACAAACCAGUUAGCUGUAGUCUGGCCAGGUCAGUAAGUGGAAAAACCCCAGGAGACUUCUAUGAUAGACGGACAGCUAAGCCUGAACAAUUUGUGAGACCUGGUCCUCGAAAGACUGAAGAUACCUGCUUCAUUAGUUCUCCAGGAAAACCUACACCAGGCACUCAAGGGAAGCUAAAAUUAGUAAAAGAAACUUCUCUGUCACGACAAUCAAAAGAUAGUAAUCCUUAUGCCACUUUACCUCGUGCAAGCAGUGUGAUCUCUACUGCCGAAGGAACUACUCGAAGGACAAGCAUCCAUGAUUUUUUGACCAAGGACAGUAGAUUACCUAUGUCAGUUGAUUCACCACCAGCUACUGCUGAUAGCAACAUCACUGCAGCAUCUAGUGAGUACCGUUUACAUCAGUGGUCCUCUCGUACACUUCACAGUCCAACAUAUCCUGUAGGUUAUCAUGCACAAAAUGAUUUAGCUACAGAUAAGCCGGAGUCUCUCUAUGCCCACGCUAGAAACUCAAGAACAGAAAGGUCACAUUUUCUAAACCAAACUUUUGCCACUAUUAAUGCGUCUGAUGAUGCAUUUGGAGUAUCAGAUAAAGAUAGCAUAGAGUCAUUUACUGUGGUUCAUCUAUCUCAGCCAUUUUUAUCCCUGAAUACAGAAUUAGUUAGUAACAUAAGUGGGUUACCUCCCAGGCCAGUCAUCAGAGUAACUGACCAGACUUCUGCCUCUUUGGAUAAAGCUGCACAGAAAGAUAAUGAACAGUUUUCUGAUAAUCAGAACCUUAAUAACAGUAACCCACAGUCUUCUGUAGAUGGCAAUAAUCUUAUCACUCCAGCAUGCCUCUAUCCUGAUGACACAGAAGCUGCAUUUUUGGUUUCUGAGGAUAAUCAAACUGUUUGGUAUGAAUAUGGUUGUGUAUGAUCAAAACUGCACAAUAUAAUACCGAUGUCAUUUGAUAUGCAACGUGCUUCUCUAAUCUGAUUUGAAGAGCUGCUGUCAAAAAGUAUCAUUUGGCUAGGUUUAUAUUUUUAUUUUUAAAUGAUGGCAUAGUGUUCAAUUAUACAUAAUAGCAUGUAUAUAAAUGUGAAUGUGUAACCACACCAAAGCCUGCAUGAAUAAAUUGCAUUGUACAUGUUCCGCAUGACUUUAAAAACCUUAGCAAUACAUGCUCCUCUUUCAUA